UGCGAAAGAGGCUUUAGCGGCCCAGGUAAGUUGUCGUUCAUACAACUAUAUAGUUAUCAUAUUUCCCUCGGAUCUUCCUGUUUGUCAAUUUCCUGUGGUUGUCGACGUCCUUCACCCAAAGGUACAGGCGUACAGACCCCUGAAGACCAUUCGCUAGGCAUUCAUUUCAUUCUCCCUCUCUCUACCCGUCAUUCUCAUCAAUAUGAAUCCCAUUCUCCUCCUCAUUGUUGGCCUCCUGAAAUAUGCAACCGUUGCCGCCGCCGCCAAUACCAUUAGAUUUAUCAACCACUGCCCAUACGACAUCUGGUACUGGACAGUCGGUCCCGCAGGAUCAAGACUGGACGGCCUAGAUAAAUCCCGCAUCAAAAUCCCCGGCAAUCAUGGCUCCGUCACUCACGGCAUGGUCAACACUGAACUCCUCCAGGGCGGGAUAACUCUCAAGAUUCGUGAUUAUCCCAAGUAUCGAGUUGCGCCUGCUGGUAUCGUGCAGGUUGAAUACCAUUUCGAACCCACCAGAAAUGCGAUAUGGUACGAUCUCUCCGUCAUCGACUGUGAUCCCCAUCUCGGGCCUAACCACCCUUCGUUCUGCCCUCUCAUCGGCGGAGGCGUCGAGAUAUAUAUCCCCGGUGCUAAGAAAGGCUCUUGUCCCCCGGCCUGGUGCUCGAAUGGUAGGUGUGAGAACACGUACGAUCGAACUGGCAGCUGGCUCGGCGAACCGACCUUCAAGUGCAAAAUCGGUGUCGAUAUUCUCGUCGAGACGUGCACCGAGCGUGUUGGUUAUCGGACGUUCCAGGACAAGCCGACUCCUUAUCAUCAUGUCUCUGCUCCUGAAUCAGUGCCUCACGACUCGCCCAAGGUCUCACCAGAUGGCAUUUGCGGUGGCAUGACCGGGUACACAUGUACUGGUAGCGGCUUUGGAGACUGUUGCUCUGCGUACGGAUACUGUGGGAUGAAGCCAGCAUACUGCAAUGCUGGCUGCCAGAGUACCUUUGGUGUCUGCCUAGGUUGA